AUGGCUUCCACAAUGAGACUCGGAACCUUCGCUCUUCGUUCCACCUCUAUCUCGGCUAAGCCUGCCGUGCAGUCCGCUGCUUUCAACGGUUUGCGUUGCUAUUCUACUGGCAAGGCCAAGUCCCUCAAGGAGACGUUCGCCGAUAAGCUUCCCGGUGAGAUCGAGAAGGUUAAGAAGCUCAGAAAAGAGCAUGGUAGCAAGGUCAUCGGCGAGGUCACUCUUGACCAGGCCUACGGUGGUGCCCGUGGUGUGAAGUGCCUUGUUUGGGAGGGCUCUGUGCUUGACUCCGAGGAGGGUAUUCGUUUCAGAGGUUACACGAUCCCUGAGUGCCAGAAGCUUCUUCCCAAGGCACCCGGCGGCGAGGAGCCCCUACCUGAAGGUCUCUUCUGGUUACUGCUGACUGGUGAGAUCCCCACCGAGCAGCAGGUUCGCGACUUGUCUGCCGAGUGGGCUGCUCGCUCCGACCUUCCCAAGUUCAUCGAGGAACUCAUCGACCGCUGCCCCAGCACUCUCCACCCCAUGGCUCAGUUCUCCCUGGCCGUUACCGCUCUGGAGCACGAGUCUGCCUUUGCCAAGGCCUAUGCCAAGGGUAUCAGCAAGAAGGACUACUGGAACUACACCUACGAAGACUCUAUGGAUCUCAUUGCCAAGCUCCCCACCAUUGCGUCCAAGAUCUACCGCAAUGUCUUCAAGGAUGGCAAGGUCGCUCCUAUCCAGAAGGACAAGGACUACUCCUUCAACUUGGCUAACCAGCUCGGCUACGGUGACAACAAUGACUUUGUUGAGCUUAUGCGCCUGUACCUGACCAUCCACUCCGAUCACGAGGGUGGAAACGUCAGCGCCCACACUACCCACCUCGUUGGCAGUGCUCUGAGCUCGCCCAUGCUGUCUCUUUCUGCCGGUCUCAAUGGAUUGGCUGGUCCCCUCCACGGAUUGGCCAACCAGGAAGUGCUCAACUGGCUCACUAAGAUGAAGAAGAGCAUUGGCAAUGACCUCAGCGACCAGGCCAUCAAGGAUUACCUUUGGUCCACCCUGAACGCCGGUCAGGUCGUUCCUGGCUAUGGCCACGCCGUCCUUCGUAAGACCGAUCCUCGCUACGUCUCUCAGCGCGAGUUUGCUCUCCGCAAACUUCCCGAUGACCCCAUGUUCAAGCUGGUCAGCCAGGUCUACAAGAUUGCUCCUGGUGUCCUGACCGAGCAUGGCAAGACCAAGAACCCCUACCCCAACGUUGACGCCCACUCUGGUGUUCUUCUCCAGUACUACGGCCUGACCGAGGCCAACUACUACACUGUCCUGUUCGGCGUCUCCCGUGCCCUCGGUGUCCUACCCCAACUGAUCAUCGACCGUGCCCUCGGUGCACCCAUUGAGCGCCCCAAGAGUUUCAGCACUGAGGCAUACGCCAAGCUCGUUGGAGCUAAGCUGUAA